CGUUGAAUUAUACAAUUUGAGACAAUUGGGAUUAUUUUAUUUGACCAAUAAUUUGAUGAGUUAUUUUUGGAUCAAAUGAAAAAGCACAGUUAAUUUUGGCCGAGUUUGACAUGUUGCUAAUUUAAAAAUGGGUGAUGAUUAUACCCCGGUUACCACCUCCAUGGGAGCAGAGACCAUAUGUUUAAAGGACCAUAUUGUUUAUCCAUCGCACAUGGAACUUCGUCUAUGCUUGCGUCGGGUAUAGAGUAUAUUGUGUAACCUCUCAUCCGGUGCCACGUAUAAGAAGCCAACUGAACCUUCUCGAAAGGCAAUACGUAUUGCUACGACUUCAUUUCAAUUUUUUAAUUCAACUUUUUCGGAAGCUGUCCGUAACGUAGCUUCUGGUUGUUUCUUUUUCUGUCGCUUUUUUCUUUUUAUAUUUUCUCCUUAUCACCAUUUCCUCCUUUCCUGAACUUUCCAACUCUUAUCUGUAACAAACACAGUUCCCCCCAACACCUCUAUGUGUCGUCGGAACCUUCUAGAAUAACCAAAAAUCCCAACGGACGUCUUUCCUGCAACUCUCUUGCCUCCCUGCAAUUUUGGCUCCAGAUCUGCUGCGAGUCGAAUCUUCAGUCAAGUGAGAAGCGAUGACUCCACCGCCGAUAGAGCGGAACGGCGGAGAAUCAACGGCCGGUGAAACGGCGAGGUCUGUCCCGACGCCGUUUUUAACAAAGACGUACCAGCUCGUCGAGGAUCCAUCCAUCGACGACGUAGUCUCUUGGAACGAAGACGGAUCUACCUUUAUCGUAUGGAAUCCGACGGAGUUUGCUAGAGAUUUGCUUCCUAAAUAUUUUAAGCAUAACAAUUUCUCUAGCUUCGUUCGGCAGCUCAACACCUAUGGAUUUCGGAAAGUCGUACCUGAUCGAUGGGAAUUCUCAAACGAUUGCUUUCGGAGAGGUGACAAAAGUCUGUUACGCGAUAUCCAGCGUCGGAAAGUAGUCACGCCGAUUGCUACUCCUUGCGCAGCUGUAACAGCGGUCGUUACCGUGGCUGCUCCGCCUGCUCAGCCACCACGGCCUGUAAUAUCUACCUCGGAUUCCGGUGACGAGCAAGUCGUCUCUUCAAAUUCAUCUACAGGUGGCACAGCGGGGCUGCUGGGAGAAAACGAGCGGUUAAGGAAAGAGAAUUUACAGCUCAACAAAGAGCUGAGCCAAAUGAGGAGCCUCUGCGGCAAUAUAUACUCUUUGAUGUCGAAUUACGCAGACCCUUCGACCAGCGGUAAUCAGUCGGCGGAAAGCACCUCACCGGCGGCAAAGCCACUUGAUCUCUUACCGCCGAAACGGUCUGUUGAUGAAUCGGAUAUUAAUAAGGCCGUGGGUGAUGGGGGGAGCCGGGCUGAACCCGAGGAUAUUCGGGCGAGAUUAUUCGGUUUCUCUAUAGGUAUGAAACGUGCGAGGGAAGGCGAUGAAGCAAGGGCGGAGCAUGAUCAGGAAUUACGCCUGCGGCAGCCUGGGAACGACGUGAAAUCAGAACCGUUAGAUCAGGAAAAUGGCGGUGAAAAUGAAGAGAGAUCGUGGCUGAUACAUUGCAGGGGACCAAUUCAAAGGGCGUGUAACGAUAGUGAGGUUGGUGUGAGUAACGUAGACUAGAAUAGACGUUAGUGAUUAGACGAUCUUAAAUUAAAAGAGGUCUAAAUUACACAGGUGUUAAUUGUGAAUUGUGACUGCAUAUGUACGAGGAGGCGCACGUGCUAAAUCACGUGAUGCCAUGUGAGGACUAUCUUUAAGAAGCUUCGUUGAGGACCUUUUGAUUUCUUUCGCUCUUUACCGUCAUUUUCGUUGUUGCCAUAAAAAACGACUCCUUUCCCUCUUUCGGGGAGAUGAUUGACAAUUUGUUGAGAAGGUUUUUUGAAAAAUUCUAUAUAAAAAAUUGUAAAAAGUGAAGUACGCUUA